GUUUGUUGACGUUUGGAGUUAUGUCGGGAAAACAAUUAAAGCGGGAUGAUAACGGGGUGCUGCGACUGGACGGGGGCAAGAUUUGUUUGGAGGCGAGACCCCCGAGCAAGGCGAGCACGGCGAGCUCGAAGAGCUCGAUGUUGACGAGGUUCUAUUCGAGGCCUGUGUCAGCAGUGCCCCUUCUGGCGCUGAAUAAGGAUGAUGGCGACGGAGAUUUCAAGAGUAAACGACCCUUUUCGGCUGAGUAUCUUCCCAGUAGUUACCUUAAUAGGUUGAAUUCGAGGGUUUCGACGAGGGAGCAGAGUAUUGACAGUCUGGAGAGCGUUCAAGACGAAUCGUUAUCGUCGGCUGCUCUCCUCAAAAAUUUACUGUCCGAACCGAUCAAGUCCUGGAGGAAUUAUUCCGGGAGUAAAAGCGAAGAAACUAAAGAAGAGCGUCUUCUUACUCCGGGGGUCGUUUCUAAACCCCCUCUCCCCAAAAAACCCGACUCGUCUAAGACCGAAGAUCCAGGUGUCAGCGCCAUCCACGACUAUUUGACCCUAAAGUACGACAAAGAGCGCGAGAAAAGUGCAGACAACAAGAUCGAGAAGGCUCCCAGUGACGAUUCAGCUAUCAAUUUAAUAACGUUGGACGACGUCAGCCAAAACGACAAAGACGAACGAGACGACGUGCAGAAGCUCCACAUCCAGAACUGGAUAGACGAAAAGAACGAAGACACAGAAGCGGAAUGGGAAGAUCCCAAACAAAUCCCCAACUUGAGUGACCUAGACAUCGACGAUCUCUUCAAGGACGACAGCGAGAAGAAGUUUGACAAUUUCUUCCGAAACGUUGAAGAUAAAAGUCCCAAGAAAAAAACCAAAGCUUCGCCUAAACCCAAGGUUAAAUUUACGGCGACUCCGAUUAGAGCGGAUCCGGAUUAUGCAGAGAGUUGCGAAAACAACGAAGUCGAGACUUGGUUGUCGAAGAAACCCGAGAAGAAGACGAAUUUCUUGGAUUUUUUGAACAACAUAGAUGAAUUGGAGAAGAGCAUGUCUUUGACUGGGGUCGAUAUUUCGCACGAUGUUCCUCAACACGAUACCGAAACGACCCCUAAUAGUCCGACUUACGACGACAUCGCAGCCAUUUUGAAAGUUCUCGAAGACGAAGAUAAGAAAUCACAGUUGAAGAUGGAAACGAUGAAACAGUUGGUUGAUUCAGAGAUUUCGGGUCAACCGUUACCAUUGACCGUGGAAGAUCACAAAAAUGAAGAUACCAAGUUUUCGGAUUCUCAGAAAACGAUUUUAGAGUCAGACCAAACUAUCAAAAAUGUGAAACCUAACAUUGUUGUGUCUGAACACGACAAUAACACCAAAACUCACACUUCUAUUCACUCGUCGUCAAACUAUAAGGAGCUUCUUUCGUUUCUAGACGAAGUGGACAGAAGCUGCUCCAAACCCCUAACCGAAGUCAAAGUCGAAGAACGACCAAAAAUCAAAUUAGACACAAUACCGAGACUCGAAGACUUGUUGACUUUCACCCCCGAAGAACUCGCCCACCAAAUCGUCUCCUUGUCCCUCAAACUCAAAGAAAAAUCGUCCUCCAUUGCCCUCCUCCAAUCCGAAGUCUCCUCCCUCCGUGCUCAAAUCGUCACCUCCACGAAAAAAACCGACCAAACCCUCAAACACACCCUCCGAACCCAGAAGGAAGACUACGAAGCCACGAUCAAGCGCCACCAGAAGUUCAUCGACCAGUUGAUCAACGACAAGAAAUCCCUCAACCAACAGUGCGAAGGUCUCGUUUCCGAAAUGAAAUCCCUCGAGGAGCGCCACCAAUCCAACCUCAAAGCCAUCGAGCACAAGAACCACGUCGAGAUGCAGAAAGUCAAGGAGAUGGCGGCUGCCGGGGAGAAGUUGCGACGGGAGAGAUGGAUCGAUUCCAAGACGCAGAAGAUCAAGGAGUUGACUGUGAAAAGUAUAGAGCCGGAGUUGCACAACUUGGAGAAGAGGCAGCAGCAGGAGUUGACGGAUUUGCGGAUGCUGCAUCGCAAGGAGAUCGAAGAUCUGGAGUUGAAGAACGCGAGGAGGACGCAGGAGCAGUGCGAGGCGUUGAGGGUGCAGCUGGUGGAGGAGCGGGAGAAGGCGUUGGCGCACGAGAGGGAGGUUAUGAGGGUGAGGUACGAGAAGAUGGUGGAAGCGGAAGAGAAGGGGUUGCAGGAGCAGAGAAGGAGGCUGCUGGGGGAUCACGCGGCGAGGAUUGCGGAGUGCGAGCAGAGGGAGGUUCUGGCGAAUAAUGAGAAAGAGAGAGGGAUAAAGCAAGCACAGGAGGAUUUUGAAGAGAGACUACAGAUGGUGAUUAGGAGGCAUGCCAAUGAGAUUAAGUUGGUUAAAGAGACGGCGAGCUUGGAGAUGGAGACGUGGCAAAACAACUACAAGAAGCAACAAACCGUGCUUUUGGCGGAGAAAGAAGCCUUGAUUAGAGAGCAAUGUAGACGAGAAAGAGACAAAGAGAUCGAGAGCGUGAUCGAGCGACUGGAAUCAGAAGCCAGUGAAACGAAAACCCAGCUGGAACAGUCGACGGAAAAUAGGAUCAAGAGACUACGGGAAAAGUACGACAAGGAGAUUGCGGAUUUGGAAGAGAGCGAGAAAGAAGCUAAAAAUAAAUAUCUCGAGGUUAAGAAGAAACUAGUGGAUGAAGAAGACGUGAUUAUUAGUCUUAGAGCGACAAUUGAACACUUGAAGGGUCAGUUGGAGGUGUCAAAAGCGGCAACUGUGAAGCUACAAGACGAAAGAGAAGCGAUGAGGGAGAUUUUGAAGAACGAGUUAAAGCGGGAGAUGGAAGGGUUGGAAAUGGAGUUGACGACGGUGAAGAAUUCCAGAGAAAACGAGAUACAACAACUAUAUUCCAGAGUGAAGGUUGCAAUUGCGCGGAAAGACGAAGUCCUGGAGGAACUAACCCGAGACCACAAAGCCUUGCAAGAAAAGUGUUCAUAUUUGGAGAACAUGUUGGAACAACAAAGAAAGGAAUAUCUAAUCAAGUAGUAUAAUUUUACAACUUUUACAUUACAAUUUAACUUUAUUCUAAUAAAAUAUACA